GUGAGCGUCCUCACCACCCUGGAGCGGAGGUUCAACCUGCAGAGUGCCGACGUGGGCGUGAUCGCCAGCAGCUUCGAGAUCGGGAACCUGGCGCUCAUCCUCUUCGUGAGCUACUUCGGGGCGCGCGGGCACCGGCCGCGCCUCAUUGGCUGCGGCGGCAUCGUCAUGGCGCUGGGGGCGCUGCUGUCGGCGCUGCCCGAGUUCCUGACCCACCAGUACAAGUACGAGGCGGGCGAGAUCCGCUGGGGCGCCGAGGGCCGCGACGUCUGCGCCGCCAACGGCUCGGGCGGGGACCAGGGCCCGGACCCGGACCUCAUCUGCCGCAGCCGGACCGCCACCAACAUGAUGUACUUGCUACUCAUUGGGGCCCAGGUGCUCCUGGGCAUCGGUGCUACGCCCGUGCAGCCCCUGGGCGUCUCCUACAUCGACGACCACGUGCGGAGGAAGGACUCCUCGCUCUACAUAGGAAUCCUGUUCACGAUGCUGGUGUUUGGACCAGCCUGUGGAUUUAUCCUGGGCUCUUUCUGUACCAAAAUCUAUGUGGAUGCAGUCUUCAUUGACACAAGUAACCUGGACAUCACCCCGGACGACCCCCGCUGGAUCGGAGCCUGGUGGGGCGGCUUUCUGCUCUGCGGUGCCUUACUCUUCUUCUCGUCCGUCCUGAUGUUUGGGUUCCCACAGUCUCUGCCCCCGCACUCAGACCCCGCCCUGGAGAGCGAGCAGGCCAUGCUCCCCGAAAGAGAAUACGAGAGACCCAAACCCAGCAACGGGGUCCUGAGACACCCCCUGGAGCCAGACAGCAGCGCCUCCUGCUUCCAGCAGCUGAGAGUGAUCCCAAAGGUCACGAAGCACCUGCUCUCAAACCCUGUGUUUACCUGUAUCAUCCUGGCCGCCUGCAUGGAGAUUGCAGUGGUGGCUGGCUUCGCUGCCUUCUUGGGAAAGUAUCUGGAGCAGCAGUUUAACCUCACCACCUCUUCUGCCAACCAGCUGCUAGGGAUGACUGCGAUCCCAUGUGCCUGUCUGGGCAUCUUCCUGGGCGGUCUCCUGGUGAAGAAACUCAGCCUGUCUGCCCUCGGGGCCAUUCGGAUGGCCAUGCUCGUCAACCUGGUGUCCACCGCUUGCUACGUCUCCUUCCUCUUCCUGGGCUGUGACACGGGCCCCGUGGCUGGGGUUACUGUUCCCUAUGGAAACUCCUCAAUGCCUGGCUCAGCCCUGGACCCCUACUCAUCCUGCAAUAAAAACUGUGAAUGCCAAACCGACUCCUUCACUCCAGUGUGCGGGGCAGACGGCAUCACCUACCUGUCCGCCUGCUUUGCUGGCUGCAACAGCACGAAUCUCACUGGCUGUGCAUGCCUCAUGACCGUCCCACCUGAGAACGCGACCGUGAUUCCUGGAAAAUGCCCCAGUCCCGGGUGUCAAGAGGCCUUCCUUACCUUCCUGUGUGUGAUGUGUGUCUGUAGCAUGAUCGGGGCCAUGGCUCAGACACCUUCCGUCAUCAUCCUCAUCAGGACAGUCAGCCCUGAACUCAAAUCCUACGCCCUGGGAGUUCUUUUUCUCCUCCUCCGUUUGUUGGGCUUCAUCCCCCCGCCGCUCAUCUUCGGGGCCGGCAUCGACUCCACGUGCCUGUUCUGGAGCACGUUCUGUGGGGAGCAAGGCGCCUGCGCCCUCUACGACAACGUGGCCUACAGAUACCUGUACGUCAGCAUCGCCAUCGCGCUCAAGUCCUUUGCCUUCCUGCUCUACACCACCACGUGGCAGUGCCUGCGGAAAAACUAUAAGCGAUACAUCAAGAACCACGAGGGCGGGCUGAGCACCAGCACAGAGUACCAAGACAUUGAGACUGAGAAAGCCUGCCCCGAGUCACAGUCACCUUCAGAAGACUCCUUUGUGAGAAGCUGAGGGCCUGGCCCUCUUCCUGCAGAGAAGAGCCCGCCACCGCCCACAGACCUCGCAGGCCUGACUUGGCGUGCUCUGUCCUGUCCGAGAACCCAAGGGUCCCCGUGGGGGCCGUCCGGCCAGUGUGUGGUCCUUUGAGGCCCCAAGCGCAGGCCUGUGACAAGGACCGAGCAGGUGUCUGUGGCCCGGAGUCCUCCAAACCCUUGGAGUAGGCAUUUUCCUGGAUCACUAAAGAGCCCUAUUGGCCUGGUGUGCAAAUUUCUUCUGCCCACCCCUCCUUUGGCUCCUGUGGGGAUGGCCUGCUGACAUGCUUUAGAAAACCCCCUCUUGGAAGUGCUUCUCUGAGCGGGGGCUCCAACAGUUCUGAAAGCAGCCAAGGCUGGAUUUCAAUAGAAGGGGGUAAAAAUUACCAUUUCAUAGAACAGAGGGGGGGAAAAAAGCACAUGCUCAAUAGAUUUUGAGUGUGGUAUUCUGUAUUUUUGCAGCUUAUAUUUUCCAGAUGAGCAGUUUAGAAAUAUGUCAUGUAAACUACCUACUGUACGUUUGCUGAAAAUUAUAUUAAAAGCACUAUUUUAAUUCUU